UCAACCUGCAUCCAUAUAAACGCACAUGGAAGGGAAAGCUGUGAAUUUACGCGAUUGAAGUCACAGUGACCUACGAUGUCCACGACGAGUUUCCGAAUUCCCGAUCUGCUUAUUAAAAAAAGGGAUGGGAAUGCCCUCACCCCCGGGGAAAUUGAAUAUUUCGUCAGGGAGGUGGUCAGUGGAGGAGUGCAGGAAUGCCAGCUCGGCGCCAUGUUGAUGGCUAUAUACCUGAAAGGUCUCACGGACGAAGAAACCGUAUGCUUAACUGGAGCUAUGAAGAACUCGGGAGAUGUACUGGGUCCCUGGCCAGCAGAGUGGGACGGAAAAGUAGUAGACAAACACAGCACAGGUGGCGUGGGUGACAAGAUUAGUCUCAUUCUGGCGCCAGCUCUGGCUGCUUGUGGAAUGAAGGUCCCUAUGGUCUCCGGGCGAGGUCUGGGUCACACCGGCGGAACACUAGACAAGCUGGAGUCCAUUGAGGGGCUGUCCGUCUCUGCAACUAAGGAUAAAAUGUUGCAGAUAUUGACAAAUGUCGGCUGCUGCAUUGUAGGUCAGACAGAAAAUCUUGUUCCCGCCGAUAAGAAAAUGUACGCCAUUCGUGACGUCACUGGAACAGUCGACAAUAUUGGGCUCAUAUCAGGCUCCAUAAUUUCGAAAAAAGCCGCUGAGCAGCUAAACGCCCUUGUUCUGGAUGUGAAAUUUGGCGUCGGGGCAAUGAUGGUGGAUGAAGUCAAGUCGAGGGAACUGGCUAAAAAGAUGGUUGAGAUUGGUAAUGGUUUAGGAAUAAAGACAGUGGCUUUAAUGACCGAUAUGAAUAACCCAAUAGGAAAUAUGAUCGGGAAUGCUCUAGAAGUGGCCGAAUCCGUGAACUGUCUCCAUGGAAACGGACCAUCCGAACUGGAGGACCUUGUCCUUAGACUUGGUGGACAGUUGUUAUUUCUUAGUGGUAAUGCUAGUUCUACAGAAGAAGGACAAAAGAAACUCAAAGAGACUCUGAACAAUGGAGAAGCAGCCAGGAAAUUCAAGGAAAUGAUAAUCGCACAAGGAGCAAAUCCAGAAAAAGCCGAGGUCUUGUGUACAAGGGGGGCCGAUUUGUGGAGUGUACUCCCUAAAGCCAAGACUGUAACUACGCUCAAAAGCAAACACUCUGGUUUCGUCUUUGCUAUAAAUUCAAGAACCUGUGCCGAGUGUUCUUUGAAACUUGGUGCAGGACGAAAGGCCAGUAGUGACAAAAUUAAUCAUUCUGUUGGCUUGGAAAUAUGUGUGAAUAUCGGGGACAGCAUUAAAGAAGGUGAUGUUUGGAUCAAAGUUUAUCAUGACUGUGACGUCAUUCCCGAUGACAUAAUGGCACUUUUAGGCAAUGCGAUUGAUGUGCAGCCAUCACAACCGGAUAUCCUGCCAACUCGUGUCAAGGACAUCAUAUCAUAAACGUCUUAAAAUAGAUAAACGUAAUGGUUAUAUUAUACUUCGAUCAAAACUUUUCUACCUCUAAAUUCUAUAUCAAGUCUCCUGACUUUUUGUUCUAUAAAUUUUCAGUUUUAUUCAAAAUUUAAUAUUGAACUGAAGGCAGCAUAUAGAAUUUUUAAUGUACAUUAAUCCUGACGAUUUUUAAAAAACAAUCAUGUUUUUAAGAAUACAUAGUAUUACACUGUUUAUGGAUUUUAUACAUGUUUUGGAGACUUUACACAUUUUUAUAUACUGUAUCAAAAAUACAUGUAUAUCCUCCUGACAAACUAUGUAUUAGUGCUUUAUUGAUUUAUGUGUGAAAGAUAUGUGUUUUUGAAACAAGCCUUUGGAGAACUGUAUAAAUUUCAUCCCUUGCAUACAUAUCAA